UAUCUCUCAGAAGUAUACCGGUGAUACUGCUUCAGUAAAAGUUCUCCGUAAUUCAGAGGUACUUGAAUUCAAUAUAAAACUCGCGACGCAUAAGAGGCUUAUCCCAGCACAAACAAAGGGCAAACCUCCUUCAUACUACAUUGUUGCUGGGUUUGUUUUCUCAGCUGUAUCGGUCCCAUAUCUGCGUUCAGAGUAUGGAAAGGAUUAUGAAUUUGAUGCUCCCGUGAAGCUGUUGGAAAAACAUCUUCAUGCAAUGGCGCAAUCUGCAGAUGAACAGCUUGUUGUUGUUUCACAGGUGCUAGUGGCUGACAUAAAUAUUGGAUACGAGGACAUUGUCAACACUCAGGUUCUUGCUGUCAAUGGCGUGCCGGUUAAAAAUCUGAGAAGUUUGGCAGAUAUGGUUGAGAAUUGUAACGAUGACUAUUUAAGAUUUGAUCUAGAAUAUGACCAGAUAGUGAUUUUACAUACCAAGAAUGCAAGGGCCGGAACCUUAGAUAUCCUCAAAACACAUUGCAUACCCUCUGCCAUGUCUGAGGAUCUCAAGAUCUGAGAAACAUUUCAGGAUGUUCAGAACAUUCGAAUCUCUUAGACGCUUGAACUUUUGUAUGACUUACCACUCCACUCAACUUCAAUCUGAACAAUAUGACGUGGGUUUAUUGGCCUGUUGGUAGGUGGCAAAUAUACCUAUUAAGAAUCAUAAUGUUUUAAGGUUUCAGGUUUUGGUGCUGACAUGUGGUAGGUAGCAGCACCACCAGAACUAUGCAAAGUUUUUUUUUAGCCGUUGUUUAUAUGCAAAGGGGGUUACUUUUUUGGAGUGUAGCGAUAGGCCUUGUCUCCAUUGUCAUCCUAUAUUAGUACUAUUGUGAGAAUUGCAAGAUAAAGUAGUGGUCCAUAAAUACAUACACUCCUAUAGGGAGGAAUAUUUUUAUAA